GCCCAAUAGGAUUUAGGGUUUAGGAUGAUCCGGAAGAGGAUAGCUGGAGCUUGCGCUCGAUCUUUGCGGCGUGGCUUCGCACACACACCCGAUGAUCGCGUCUACGGCGGCCCCAAGCCGCAAUCUCCAUCAGCAAGGGUCACGCUGCGGCAUUUGCAAUCCAAGUAUGCCGCCAAGGAGCCGAUCACCAUGGUCACGGCCUACGAUUACCCUGGCGCCGUCCAUGUCGAUCAGGCGGGCAUCGAUAUCUGCCUAGUUGGGGAUUCUGCCGGGAUGGUUGUCCAUGGCUACGAUACCACGCUGCCCGUGACCAUGAGCGACAUGCUCACGCAUUGUAAAGCUGUGCAGCGAGGAGCAAAUAGAGCUUUUCUCGUUGGGGAUCUUCCUUUUGGGAGCUACGAGCUAAGCUCCGACCAGGCUGUCGAGAAUGCCGUAAGAAUGCUCAAGGAGGGAGGGAUGGACGCGAUCAAGCUGGAAGGUGGUAGCGUUUCUCGAGUAGCAGCAGCCAAGGCCAUUUGCGAGGCCGGCAUUGCAGUCAUGGGACAUGUCGGCCUUACUCCACAGUCGAUCAGUGUUCUUGGCGGAUUCCGGCCUCAAGGACGGAGUUUCUCUGAUGCGGUCCAGGUGCUGGAGAGAGCUUUGCACUUGGAAGCUGCCGGAUGUUUUGCUACGGUUCUCGAGUGUAUACCAUCGCCAGUGGCUGCUGCCAUCACUUCGUCCUUGCAGAUACCAACCAUCGGCAUUGGAGCUGGGCCUUUCUGCAGUGGCCAGGUUCUAGUUUAUCACGACUUGUUGGGAAUGAUGCAGCAUCCUCACCACAGAAAGAUAACCCCGAAAUUCUGCAAACAAUACGCAAAAGUGGGAGAUGUUAUACAGCAAGGUCUCGCAGAUUACCGUGACGAGGUCCUCAGCGGUCGCUUCCCUUCUGCUGCUCACACUCCAUACCGGAUCGAUGAGCACCAGACUGAGCUGUUCCUGAAAGAACUGGAGAGCAGGGGCUACCAUUCCGCGGCAGAAUCGGCCGCCGUGGCCGCGGAGAAGGACUCUGCGGCCGAUGUCGAGAAAUCAUGUAAUGUAAAAACCGCCCAGCCAGCCUCGUAACUUUGUAAGUUGGUCCAUUCUUUCCGGAAGACUAUAAGUUCGUCCAUUCUUUCCAGAAGACUUCACAUCAGACUUGAAAGUCUGAUGUGAUGUUCUUGCUGUCUUCAACUAGAAGUUUGACAUUGGCCAUUGCAGGUAGACACGCAGAAAGAACGAAAGCAAAAAAAUAAAAAUAAAUCAUUCUCUUA